CGUUGACACGGACACCUUAUCACACAUUGCUGAAUAUGCCCGAGAACUCCAACCCGUUUGUUGUGGAUUUAAGGCUGUUGAAGACAAACUUUCUCCAAGCGCAGCGCAAUGCUCAUCCAGAUGCUCGGACUAGACCAGAAGCAUGUGUUACGUUGCUGCCCAUUCGCAUAUUUCAUAUUUCUCACGAUGCCGUUCGUAGAAUGCGCAAGACAAGGCAACUGCCAACUCAGCAGAGAUAAACAGGGCAUACCAGACCCUCCUCUCUCCUCUUAAGCGGGCAGAGUACCUCCUUGCCAUAAGAGGUUUUGAGAUCGGUGAGACGGCCAAGCUCGAUGGCAGCCUAGACGCGUUGGACAGUGCAAAACACGAUAUAGACCUCAUCGUAGCGGUCAUGGAGGCCAGGGAAGAGCUGGAGGAUGCUCAGACGGAGGAAGAAGUGGAAUCUGUAGUGAAAAGAAAUAAAGAACGUAUCCGAACUGAAGCCGAGGCGCUUGAGAGAUAUUUCGCGGGAGAAGAUUAUGAGUCUGCCCUCCGUUCAUGUGUCAGACUACGGUAUUGGCAAGGUAUUGAAGAGGCUGCAAAAGAACGCCCGUAAAUCAUCCAGAUUUAUUGGAGCGCGCGCCACUGGUGCGCAUACCCCACAGCGUUCGCCCCUAGUGCUAAGCCUUGGUCUCCCGAAGAGGCUGGAGACUCUCCGACAACUGUUGCGACAGUAUCCUUAACGUGCGUAACCACUAAUAUAUGAUUGCAUGACGCGCGGCGCGCGCAUUGCAAAUCAACUUAUAGCAGCAGACUUGUGUGUUUGUUGACCCCUAUAUAUGUAAUCAUGAUGAUAGAUCAUCG